AUGGAGCAUCGCGAUAUUACACCGGAAAGAAUAGAUGUUUUUUCGUUAUUGGCCACAAUUGCAUUGCUAGUAGGCAUUGUGCUGAUGGCGUAUUGGUUGGGAACGCUUCUUCAUCAAACACUCUCUGCCGAUUUUGACGAGGGCUUUGAUUCAACAGCAAGAACUCCUGAUUGGCUGGCUGGUCCAUUUGGCCACACUGCCAGUGGAACACCUAUGGAGAUGGAGAUCGAAGAGCCUUCACCUUCACUGUCUGAGCAAGAAAUUAAGUCAAAGUCAUACCGAAUAUUUUCUACAAGGUCAAUCUCUGCUGUGCUCAACAUUGACUAG